GACAAAAACUUGGGAGAUGGGGGAAUGCAGGAUUACAACUUCUUCAAAGGGAACUGUUUUGAAGUCACUUUUGGGUUGAGCUGCUGCAAGUAUCCACCAGCUUCUCAGCUUUUCACAGAAUGGACCAAUAACAAGGAGGCCCUUCUUGCCUACAUACACCAAGCUCAUAUUGGAGUGAGAGGUUUCGUAAUGACCAGAUCGGGCUUUGGUCUCCCAGAUGCAACAAUCUCCGUUUCUGGAACUGAUCACAACAUCACAACUUGGAUGUUUGGUGAUUAUUAUCGUCUGCUGCUUCCUGGAAGAUAUGACAUCACUGCUAGCUCAUCUGGAUACCUUUCAAAUACUGUCAAGAAUGUGCCAGUGAUUGAAGGCAAAGCCACGCUGCUAAACUUCACUCUCGAGGAACCUGUAGAGGAGAUGUUAAUGCUAGAUCCCUCUGAACAAGCUGUGGUUACCAAUGAAGGUCUGAACACACCUGGGCCUCCCACCUCAAGGUCUCCAAUCCAUACUUUGGAUUUCCGAUAUCAUAGUUAUGAUGAAAUGGAGAUGUUGUUGCAACUGCUUAGUGCUGUCCAUCCUUCCAUCACUUACCUGAACUCUGCUGGACGAUCAGUGCAGGGCAGGAAUCUUUAUGUAAUGGAGAUAUCCACCAAUCCUGGUGUUGAUCAGCAAGGCAAACCAGAGGUCAUGUUUUUGGGUAACCUGCAUGGAAAUGAGUUUAUCGGACGUGAGAUUCUCCUAAACCUGGUUGAGUACUUGUGCCGCAAUUAUGGCAAAGAUCCAUUGGUCACACGUCUGGUCAAUAGUACAAGAAUUCACAUCAUGCCUUCCAUGAACCCAGACGGGUAUGAAUUAGCACUAAAAGCUCACAACGAACGGGUUUCGGGAGACCUAAGUAUUAUUGGACACGGUAACAGUCACCGUGUUGACCUGAAUGCGAAUUUCCCUAAACGGUCA